CAGAGCCACGGGCACCUCCACCUCAGCUGGUGUUUUCUGCAGGCACAAAGGAAACCAACUUGAUCUCUUCCAGCAGAAAAAGGGGGGGUAGGAGCCACUCAGCCCGCCCAGAGCAGAGGGCACUACAAAUCCCUCUGUGCCACCAGCCACUCCAGAGCUCGGCUCCAGAGGCAUUCCCGGAGGGAGCAAUGGCUCAGUGUCUUCUGCUCCUUGCCUCCCUGCUCAUCUUGGCUGCACCAGGCCAUUCUGUGCACACACAAACCCUAAACACCUUCAAGAAAUCUCCCUCCAACACUUCAUCGAGUGUUCUGAAGAGAACCACCUGGCCCAGGGACUGCAGCGAGGUUCCAGUUGACAGCCCCAGUGGCAUCUACAUCAUCCAGCCCAUGGGGCUGCACCCCAUCAGGGUGUACUGCGAGAUGGGUGGGGCAGACAGGGGCUGGACCGUCAUCCAGAGGAACCGGCAGGACACGGAUAUCACCUGGGCCGAGUCCUGGAGCACCUACAAGCACGGCUUUGGGAACAUGCACACCGAGUUCUGGCUGGGCAACGAGUACAUCCACCAGAUCACCAGGCAGAAGAUCUACCAGGUCAGAUUUGUCAUCUGGGAUGCUGCAAACAACAUGAAGUUCGCAGACUACAACCUGUUCAGCCUGGACGAUGAGUCCCAGGGCUACCGGCUGAGGCUGGGAGCGCACUCGGGGACAGCGGAGGAUGCCAUGGAUUCAGACAAUCCCAGGAAAGUGCACAACAACAUGAAGUUCUCCACCAAGGAUCGGGAUCAGGACACUUACAGAGGGAACUGUGCCUCUCGCUAUGGGGGUGGGUGGUGGUACUCGGCCUGUUACUCUGUGCAGCUGAACGUCAAGGGGCGCCUGGCUUGGGGCCGCCUGUGCCGGGGGAACUGCAGAGCCUCGGCCAUCCUCAUCAAACCAGCUGCAUACCACUAGAACUCCUUCCCCCUUCUGUCCAUGGGUUCCACCUGGCCAGGCCAGUGCCCUGCUGGGGCCUGUUUGAUGAUGAGGCCUCGGGAGGGAAUAGGGUUGUUCCUCUAUGUCAAGAACUGCUUUGUUUUUCUCCUGUCCUGAAAAGUAGCAAAGCUCCUGGCUCUGUCUCUGGCCAUUCACCUGUGGUGGGUUUUUGUGGGGGGGAUAUUAUUAGAAUGCAUCUUUAUAAAUGCUGCAGUAUCCAAGCAUGUUCCUUCUGGAGAGAAUGCUGUGCUCAGAAACCUAAAACCCUCCUGAUCAGCAUGGUCUUAUGCUCUUUUUGCUUUGUGGGUACAGAUAUUUUCAGCAGAAAGGUAUCCAUCAUCACCAGCUAACCUGAUCUAAGCUAUACUGAACCCAGGGCUGGCCAUGUCCACAGCACAUCCCUGCUGCAGUCUGUGUUCAUCCUGCAGAAUUAAAUCACUUUCACACCUG